CGACAAACGGGUCAGUUCAGACUGAAUCAUUCAAAAGGACCGAUUUGAAUGAACAACUCACUCGCGAAUCGGACAAGCAUCGCUCUGAUGAUGACUCUGAACACGCGACUAUCACUUUAGGCGAGUCUCCUCUCACGCCCAGGAUGAAUUCCACUGCGUAAAUGCUCCAAGAAACACCUCAGAAACUUUCUCCAGCAUGAAGCAACUGAUUAAUGAACGGAUCUGCGCAUUAUUCCGCAUUAACUGGCAGCAUACUCUCACAUAUUGGAGUGUAUUCUUUAGUUUUGGACUAUGUGUCGCUUUUCUGGGUCCGACCAUCCUGGACCUGAGAUGUCAAACUCAGUCCACGCUACAGGAGAUCACUCUGGUCUUCUUCUCCCAACAGUUUUUCCUCUUUAUUGGAAGCACCAUUGGAGGAUUCUUCAGUAAAACGCUUGUGCAUUCUUUGUCAGCGCUGGCUGUGUCCAGCCUCACCAUCUCUGUGUUUUUUGCCGUCAUCCCACUAUGCCAUAAGUUGCUCCUGUUGGCCUUUGCCUUGGCGGUAUCUGGUCUUGCCAUGGGCAUCAUUGACACCAUCUCUAACCUGCAACUGGUCAAGAUCUACCAGAAAGACUCCACAGUUUUCCUGCAGGCCCUUCACUUCUUUGUGGGUCUCGGCGCUUUAGUGAGUCCCCUCAUCGCUGACCCCUUCCUGUCUGAGACCAGCUGUGUGAUUGGGAACAGCAGCACCAAUGCAACAUCAUUAAGACAUCUGAGGAACAAGCUCGCUGGCAGACAUGUGCACAACGUGUCCAGUGUCCACCUCCACACCGACGGAGAGGUGGUGACCAACGUUUCCUACGCCUUCUGGAUCAUGGCUGUCAUCAAUCUUCCUGUACCCAUCGCCAUAUUAAUCCUGAUGUAUCGGGAGCAGCUGUUCACAUGCGGAUCAGACCCCAGUCAGCGUUUACUAGAUGGAGACGUGCUAGCGAUGAAAACCUGGGGAACCAUGAGUCUGUCAGAAGACAUUGGACAUCAGAAAGAGACUUCCAAAAGCCACGUAGACUUGUUCGGCUGCUGUCUCCUUGGCAACGCGCACAGCUUUCCGUUGUCUUUCUUUGGGAUCCAUAUCCUCGGGGGUCUGGUGCUCUUCUUUUCUGACGGUAUAGUGGGCUCAUACACAGGCUUUGUGUACACCUACGCAGUGGCGCCCCCUAUGAAUCUACCUCACAAGACCGCCGGAUACUUGACGUGCGUCUUCUGGGCGGCGAUCACUGUCGGCCGACUGUCUGCCAUUCCUCUGUCUUACCGAUUUAAAUCUGUACGCUUGCUCAUCGUUAGUCAGGUGGGUGUGAUAGUCACACUACUUCUGCUGCUGAUCUUCUCCAACAGCAGUGUGUUCCUCUUCAUCGGCACCUGCUGUCUCGGCCUAUUUAUAAGCAGUAUCUUCCCCUGCACGCUCGCAUUCACCGAAGACGUCCUGGAGUACAAAGGUUGUGCCACCACAGUCAUGGUGACCAGCGCAGGGAUGGGUGAGAUGUUACUCCAGGUGCUCGUGGGUUCGGUGAUGCACAGUCAAGGUAGCUUCAGUUUCCUGUUGUGCGGAAUGAUCUUCGGCUGCCUGGGAUUCGCUUUCUUCGUCCUGCUGUUCUUCGUCCAGCAAAGUCACAAAAACUUCACAGAAGCUUUCCCUAGUAACUCCCCUACCGAAAGACUUGAGGAAAAUGGGAUCAAGACCUGUUCUGCUGCCGUGCUGAACUCAUGGGACACGUCAGAGCAGAAAGCAUCCAUCGAUCCGUAACAAUGGAUGGAAAAUAUGACAGGAGCAAAGGGACAAUGGUGUCGUUGACUCAGGGACAUCAAGGACCAAACAUA